GGUUCAGACCGCCCCUUUAGGCGACUGGAUCUCUUCUGUCGGUUCAUUUCCGUGGCCGGUGAGGCGCACGAGCGCGAGCGAUCUUCCAGCGCCAUGGCUCGUUACUACUGAAGUGGAGGCGCGCGCGCGAGCUCUGAGGCGCGAGCGAUGGACAGGCGUCAUUUCGGAUGACUGACAGAACCAUUGUCUAGCAGUCAAAAUGAUAGCGACAGGCGGGCUCCUGAGGAUCUCCCGGCGGCAAGAUUCGCUCCGCACCAAGAACCGAGCGGAAAACAAGCGAAGGAGAAAAGCCAGGAAAAAGAUGAAGAACAAUGUGGUGGUGGUAAAGGGGAAGCUGAAGCUGUUCUCCGUAUCUGGCCUGGUUGCAGCAAUCGGAUUGUUCGUCUUAAUAGUGGGAAUAUCAAUGGCCGUCCUGGGAUACUGGCCUAAAGAGACCUCAAAUUAUCCAAAAGUCUUACCAAGAGAGACGCAGCUCAUAAAACAGGCAACUGAUUCUAAAAAAAAAAUUCAGCCAGCAUCAAACUUUACGAGCAAUACAAAGCUCUGGAUGAAGCUGCACUGGAAUAGCAGUGACGGUACGAUUAACGCUACCAAGCCUAAUUUCCAUCCUGUUGGAUUUUUUGAUGGUUUGUUUACCACUUAUCUGUACUCCGACAACCUCAAAGUGUUUGGACCACUGGUUAUGGGAAUUGGUAUCUUCCUUUUUAUUUGCGCCAAUGCCGUACUCCAUGAGAACCGGGACAAGAAGACCAAAAUCAUUGACCUGAGGGACAUUUACUCUACGGUUAUAGACAUCCACAGCUUGCGCUCCAAGGGCCAUGCUCCUCUUAACGGGCUGUUAGACUGCACACAGUCCAAGGAAGGAGAUCUUCCAUCAGCCACACAUAGGACAGCCAUGCCUUCAAGAGGCUCCUGGCCUUCUACUGUCUCAUGUAAAGAAAAGGAUUACAGGAGCUCAUCGUUCAGCAGAAAGUUUAGCUGGUCUAGAGAAAGACAGUCACUUACUGAGACGAUCUACACCAUAUACAGAGAUCAGAACAAGCUUAAAGAACCAACACCUGCUCCCAAGGAGUGGGAGACACGCUCCAUAGUCACCUCCUCAGUUAACGCUUUCACAUUACCUGUAAUUAAACUCAACAACCAUGAAAUGGAGGCGAGAGAAGAGCGGGAGGGGGAGCAUGUUACACCAUGCAAUCUGACAGAAAAGCUGCAGCCAGAGUGCCAGAGCUCUGAAUUCUCAGAAGAACUUCUCAGCACUGCCAUACAAACCGAAGCUGAGGUACUGAUGGCAGGUUUGUCGGUAUCUCGGGAUCCCAAGCUCUCAGGUGAUGUAUCCAGUGGAUGCCAGCAGCAGCUGCAGCUUCCCGGUUCUGGGUUUAGGAUCCUGGGAUCCCACCUGUCCCUGAAUGCCCUUUCCGACCUGGGCACUGGACGGCACGAAGAAAGGUCACGCAGAUUCAGCUGCCCGAGGCUGGACCGCUUGGGCAGUAAGGGCUAUAUAAAACUGGCAGCACUAGGAGGAGACUCAUUUGAAGCCCCAGAUGGGGUGCCAGAAACAGGUGUGGAGGAACCAGAGCAGACAGGAACACAGAGUUAUGUUAUGAAUGCACAAAUAUUCCCCAAUAACUCCCUCACACAGCUGCACACAGAACCUAUCAUGUUGAACCCUCACACAACUGAUGUAGACAUGGACCCAAAGGCAAAUCUCCAGCAGGGAGAGCAGGUCUGAGCGAGUCUGAGCAAGUUUCUGUGCUCAGGAAUAUAAAUAAGGUGUAGUCACUAACUGCUUAGAGUUCUUUUGUGGGCAGUUUACUUAGUUUGUAGCAUAAAUAAGGUAAGAUUUUGUCAUGAGCACGACACUCAUAAAAUACUUAAGUAUUUCAAAAGACUGGAGGUAUAAUCCAGCUUUCAAAGAGACCAUCACUCACUUUUGUGCAGUAUAUAGAUGAUAAGUCCAAAAGUAGAGACGAGUUCUUGUUCUUGUGCCUUGCACUGAUCUGUUAGGCUUAUAUGCUGUUCUUGUCCCGCAUUGUGUCACCAGAUAAGUAACUUUCCCUGUAAUAAUUAUUGAAUUGUGUUAUUGUUGUGUUUUCUGCAGAACUUUUGUCACAUGAAUGACUCUGUUACUUAAAAUCAAAUACCUUUCUUCAGUUCUUAGUCAAAGCUACUAUAUUUGUAAAAGAAACCCCAUCUUGCUUUACAUAUACACACAUACAUACAAAAUAUAAUUAUGCAACCUCAUGAACUUUGUUUCAGUGUACCUGGAUAUUGUUGUGCAAUCAAACAGCAAUAACUGUUAGAGAUGAAUUCUCAGGUUUCACCCUGGCUGGAAAAUGAUGAAGGCCAUAAAUUAAGUGUUUAUUUUUUUUUUUAGAGACUAUUUUGUGGUUGAAUGUAUGUCAAGUUCAUGCACAAUUGUUACUAGUCAAA